AUGUCUGAAGAGUUCGAGGUUCAAUCGUUUGAAGAAGACGAAGUUGAGUUUUUCGAAUUCAAACAGCUUAACAAAAAUGCAUUAAGCGUACAGCUCUCGGAGGGCACCGUUUACCCAGAAGCGAUACCUCCUUAUCCGUCUUUGCUUGUCAUUUCCAAUAUAUAUGGUUUUUUUGUGGCGGCAACGAACAAAGGAUUCAUAUACGCGUCUACAAAAGCUAUACACGAAUUAUUUGAGCAUUCCAACUCUGGUACAAAGGAGUUAUUAUCUCAAAAGAUCCAUUGCGAAAUAUCUGAAGGCCAUGUUCGAUGCCUUCGACUUUCUUCUGAUCAACUUACCUUAAUUGUUGGUAUAGAAGGUGGUCAUGUAUUGUUUUAUGAUGUUACAAAAUUCGCUUCGGAGCAAGCUGAAAGCAAACCCUUUCAAAGAAUGUCGUUUCAGGAAGAUAUUAAGGAUCUCCGUCCAAAUCCUGGAGAAAGGCAUAGCAUAAUAGCCAUCUUGCUUGUAUCCGGCGUAGUGUACAUAAAAGAUUAUUUUAUAAACAAUGAAAUUAGCAAAAUAGAAGGCACUAAAGUUGGCGAACGGUUCACUGCCAUGUGUUGGUCACAAAAAGGAAAACAGAUAAUUUGUGGUAAUCAUUUAGGACAGCUCAUACAAUUUACUCCAGAAGGAACAUCCAAAGCCACUAUUCAACCGCCUCCGGACUUUCAACAACAGUCACAUUUUUAUGAUUUCAAAGUCCAGAACAUCCUUUGGCUAGAAGCUGCUUUGUUUGUUGUGGCAUAUUUUCCAGUUAUUCAAGAAGAGGAUUCUGAACUUGAAGUGGUUACAAAUUUGAAAUGUCUUACAAUUUGUGCAAGUGCCAAUUCUGCAGAUAUAAAUUUGAUUGUACAAGAUGCAUCAAAUAAUUGGACUAGCUUGCUUCCUACAGAAACAAAUAGGGCAGCACUUCCAUUAUCAGAAAUACAUGACUUUGAUACUUUACCCGUUGGUCUGGCAAUUGAUUUCACUUGCACAGAAUCCUGGGUCACACGGCUAACAGGGGAUGAAAAUACAACAGUUCCACCGGUCCCUAUACUGUAUAUCUUGAAUGAUGAAUGUGACUUAGUCGCGUAUCGUUGUUUUCAUAAGGAUGCUUUUUUGGCACAAGAAAAUUUCUCUGGGAUGGCACCUCCUAAAAUGCUCCCUGCUACAGGGCAUUCAUCGGGAAUAAAUUCUACUUCAAAUCCUACAACAAAUCCACAGAAUUGUACGGUUAAGACACCUGCCAUUAUACCUGAUAAAACAGAAUUACCUAUUACUGCACCCGUAAAAACCGCAUCACCUAUUGCUGUCCCUAUCAAAACAGCAUCGCCUGUAGUUGCCCCUAUCAAAACAGCAUCACCUGUCAUUGCCCCCAUCAAAACAGCAUCACCUGUCAUUGCCCCCAUCAAAACAGCAUCACCUAUAGUCGCUCCUAUCAAAACAGCAUCGCCUAUAGUCGCUCCUAUUAAAACAGUAUCAUCCAUUAUUGUUCCUACUAAAACAGAACCUUCCAAUAAUAACUUUUUAUCUCCAAAAAAAAUUAUACCAACUCCGGUUUCUACACCAUCCCGCAAUUUGAGUUCAGCCCAACAAUCAACGUCUACUGAAACUGACAUCAAGACUCCGCACAUGAUUCGCUUGAAUGCUACUGAAAAUGAAAUCAAUGACCUUCAUAACCGAAUAGAAGGUGCAGCUAAUAAUUAUAUAGUAAAGUAUCAUGAUCGAACUACUGAACAGUAUUUUGAGAAUCAUGAUACGUGGUCGAUCGGUGAUUUACCAGUAAUAACAUCAGAAAUAAAUCUGUUGGAGCACGAAGCUAGCUCUAUGACUCAAGCUUUAGUCGAUUUGCGGAACCAAGUUAAUGAAUACAGUCAUGAUGUCCGAAUAGACCUUGUCAAAGCAAAAACAGAUAUUGAACACCUAAUGUGCACACCUUCUAAUAUGAUUACUGUUGGUCGUCGUGGGAUAUUACAAUCUCGCAUAAAAGAGAGGCUAGAAACAACUUUUAAGACUGUUAAGGAAAGUGCGCAAGCUUUGGAGACACAAUUAAAUGCAUUACAUGAGCAAAUUCAAGAGAAAAAGUCUAACAAAUCAAUAAGGCAAGUAAUAAUGGAUAUUUAUAUUUAUGUCAUUUUUGCUGGCUUACAUCUAUAUUUCUUUGAAAUUAGGCAAUCCCCCUUGGAAUACAUUGAUAGAUCAAUUCGUAACAUUAGUAAAGGCUUGUACCGUAAUGCUUCUCAAAUUGAACAAUUGAGCGCUCAAUUAGACCAACUUACAUUGCAGAUAUCUUCAGGAGAUGGCGCUUCUAAUCGUAAAGCAUUUGUAUCUCACCCAAUCAACAGAACUGAGCCAAAUAAGGCAUAUGCUAAGAAUAUUUCAUAUUCAGUUGAUGCAGCGAAAGCAACUGCAGCUUAUCUUAAUAAAGAACGUAUUUGUGAAAAGCUCAAAAAUAUAAAUAAAUUUAAUAGAAAGGAUCCUGUCAAAAACAGUAAUUUCGAAGACAAUGAAGAUGAAGUAAUUGAAAGAAAAUCUAUGUCUCCGAUAAUAAUUUCACCCAAAAAAAGUCCAAGUGCACUUAAGCCUCGUGCAUUUUCUCCAACACAAAUUCAUGAAGGCAAGCCGUAUCGCUCACGCACAACGAUUACGAGUCCUUUAAGAAAGAGUGUUUAUCCUUCAGAGUCAUCUAGUGAUUAUCAAUUUCAGCCUAAAGCUAAAUAUGAUACGCCUAUUAGAGGAAACACAUAUACGGAUAAUAUUCUUCCUGAGGCGAGUGGGACAUACCAAGAUUAUGAGGACAGCCGACCAUUUAUUCACGACGAUAUAUAUACUCUUCCAGGAAACCUGGGUAUUCAAGAAAUAAACCAUGCAACAGAAGUGACAUCAAGUAUCAAAUUCCAAGAACCUAUAGAAUUCGAGUCAGAGUCAUCCCUAUCAUUUGGUGAUAAGACGGUGGAAUCUGAUGAGUUAAACUUAGAUCGGGUAUCACCGAAACUUACACCCACAUUUAUAUCCAAGGAUAAUGAGAUAACACAGGAGUCAUCAACGCUUGAAACGACAUCUUCAUAUCAAGACAAAGAAGUACAAUAUUCAGACUCUUAUCGGGAUGAAACUCAGGAUUCUGUUGAAUCGAAAAUUGUUGCGCCUGAUGUAUCCGGAUUGUCGAAAGCUUCCGAAUUUAAACAGUCCUAUAACAAUUUUGUGGAAGAUCCCAAAUCUGGAGUACUACAGUUAGUGUCUGAUACAAUUGAAGAUAAAAAUAGUAAUGAAUUAAUGGGAGUCUCGGAAAAUUUUGGUUCAUUUGGACUAGGUGAACCAUCUGAAACACAUAAUGCAUCUGGUUCGCAAGGCAGUUUUGGUUUAUUUGGAGAUAGGUCACUUACAAACACUGCUACUAGUAUUCCUGCUUUUGGUAAGCAGACAUUUGGUACAGCAACAUCUGCUCCUAUUGUGUUUGGAGCAGGAUUAUCACAUGGUGGUAAUGCUACAGGUAUUCCACCAGCUUUCGCAACACAACCUAGCAAUGUAAAUGCAUUUAAUUCAUUACCUGCUAAUCCUCAAGCAUUUGGUCAACCAUCGUUUGGACAAACUGGCUUUGGACAAUCAUCACUCGGUGUACCUAAAGCACAAGCAUUUGGGCAACCAGCAUUUGGACAGCCAGCAUUUGGACAACAUGGUUUUGGACAGGCUCGGACGUUCGGAGCUCCUUCCGCCCUUUCCGCAAAUUUGAAACCUCCAAGUGGUAGCGGAUUUGCUCGGUUUGCAAGCAAUAAUGCAUUUGGAAGUGUGAAUAAUAGUAAUAAUGCUAUUUUGGGCACGGGUGGAAAUAGUUUCGACGGAACAAAUGCUUCUAUCAAUACUACGAAAUCAUCAUUUAUGGAGUUUCGCGGUUAG